AUUUAAACUCGUAAAUCACUUUGCCACGCUCACCAUGAAGUAUUCCAAAUUUUUUUUCAACCUUACCAUCUCCAUCAUCUUUUUCUUAGCAACUCACAUAGCUGAAGCAUAUCAUAUACAGGUAUUUUCUACCUUGAUUAGUAGUAUCGACUGUUGGGGGUUUAUAAUUGACCCCAAUUCACAUAAAGUGUAUUAUGACACUGGUCAUAAAGAUUGCACCGGCACUUGUCAAUUAAUUGAUUAUAACAGCCCACCACCAGAUGGGGGGUUUGAAGUUCAAAUACAUGAGUAUAAGAUUUCUAAGGAAAUGUACGGUGAAAAAGAUGUCUGUUAUGAGAUGAGUGGUUCUGAAGCUACUUGGUAUCUUGAUGAAGUAGAUUGUAAUAAAUUUUCUGGAGUUAGCCCUUGUAAAUAA